AAACUAAGCCUACAGAACCUUUUAUGAUUGUAUGCUGUCCUCAGCACUUCUUGCCAAGUGCUCAGUUCUUUUAUGUUUAUAAAUUGUAAUGGUAAUAAACUCAGUGCCUUUUUUCCCCUGUCUUGGAACAGGCCUAGUUUGUGCUCACUUUCUGCCACUGUCUCCUGAAUCCUGACUGCACUAACAGGUAGAGGCCACAAAGUCCAUCAUGUAGUACCUACCUAGUCAUAAAACAGCAAUCAUUUCUCUCUUUCUCUCUUUCUCUCAAUUAGAAUUCAGGUGGUUGAGAAAUUCUGUGACUAUGAACAUAGCAGUCAGUGUGGAAAGACUCACCAACAGAUGACAGAGCAUAUUGUUAAUGGGGAGAGUCAUCCUGCAGUCACGGUUUAUGAAAGCAGUGUGAAUGUAAAAGACAUCAAUGGUCACUCAUCCUCAGAUGUGCUCCUUAGAGGUCAAAAUGAAGAGAAACCAUACAGAUGUCAGGAACUNGUGGAAAAAGCUAUCAAACGUGAAAAAUGUUGGAAAGAUGCCACCUAUUCUGAAUCCUUCCAUACACUUGAGAGUGUUCCUGCCACAGAGAACAUUUGUGAAAAUACACAGACCUAUGAAUCUUACAGGAAUCUUACGCCUCAUCAAGAUUCUAAGAGAGCCCACACUGGAGAUGAGGUACAUGAGUGUAAACAAUUUAAGAAAACCUUAAAGGGAGAAAGUUAUAUUCAAAUACAUGAAAGGAUCCNUACUGGAGAAAAACCACUUGAGUGUAAGCAAUGUGGAGAAGCCUUUGUUAAUUCCAGUCACCAGACCAAACAUCAGACAAUUCACACAAGAGAAAAAACAUACUCAUGUAGACACUGUGGUGAAACUUUCCUGUAUUCCAUGGCCCGUCAUGAUCAUGAAAAAACUCACAAAAGAGAACGGAGUUUCAUAUGUAAGCAUUGUGGGAAAGCAUGCAUUCAUUCUCAUCAACUUCUUCAGCAUGAAAGACGCCAUACUCGAGAGAAACGGUUUACAUGUGCUCAGUGUGGCAAAGCGUUUAGACGGUCCUCAAACCUUCGCAAACAUGAAAGGAUUCACAGUGANAGGAAACUNUAUGCAUGUAAACAUUGUGGGAAGGCCUUUAUCAGUGAGGGCAACUGUUACAGGCAUGAACGAAUUCAUACUGCAGAAAAAACCUACGUUUGCAAGCAGUGUGGGAAAGGGUUUACACUUUCCUCAUACCUUCAAAACCAUGAAAGACGCCAUGCUCAAGAGAAACGGUAUACAUGUGCUCAGUGUGGCAAAGUGUUUAGACGGUCCUCAAACUUUCGCCAACAUGAAAGAAUUCACAGUGAAAAGAAACUGUAUGCAUGUAAACAUUGUGGGAAGGCCUUUAUCAUUGCUAGCUACUGUUACAGCCAUGAACGAAUUCAUACUGCAGAAAAAACCUACGUUUGCAAGCAGUGUGGGAAAGGGUUUACACUUUCCUCAUACCUUCGAAAGCAUGAAAGAAUUCACACUGGAGAGAAGCCCUAUACAUGUAAAUAUUGUGGGAAAGUCUUCACCCAUUCUAGUGCUCAUCACAAGCAUGAAAAAAUUCACACUAGAGAGAAACCAUAUAUGUGUGUAUAAAGUGUGGGCAGGCAUUCACCUUUUCCAAAUCCCUUCAAAUACAUGAAAGAACUCAUAGUACUAGAGAGAAAUUCUACGAAUGUAACCAGUGUGGGAAAGCGUUUGCAUGCUUCUUACACUUUCAAAGGCAUGAAAAAUCUCAUCAUGGAAAGAAACCCAUUGGGUAGAACUUGUACCUGGGUAAGCUAUGUGUAACUAGUAACUUGGGUUUGAGACUGUUUGUUUAUCGUUUGCCUUAUUUGCAUGAGGUUUGGGGCAAGAACACACUCAUGCCAGCCCUUCAAGUCGGUUUUGAUUAGUUGUAUUUGAUGUGAAAUUAAAAAUGUAUCAGUGUUA